UUAAAAUGUGGCUUUUUACGUUGUCUGCGAGUUUCACAACAAGCCACGGAGUUGGCUUUAGUUUCAGCAGUUUAAAAAAAAAAAAAAAUUGAGUUCCAUCUCCGAGAGGCAACAAGAGGACAGUUCCUCAUUUAGAAACUCAUUUUGAAACUGCAGGUUUCCGGCGUGCACUGAUGUGCGACCUCACCCAUUUGAGUAGCUGGAGGAACAUCCCGUCAGCAGGUCUCACUAUGCUCUAUAAAGCUUUAUUCUCGCUAACGGCGAUCAUGUUUUGUCUUAGCCUUUUCCUAGCGCACAGGGUCAGUGUUUUAGAAAAGGACUUUCAGAAACUCCGAGGGGACAUAAGUCAGCAAUUAAAUCAGCAACGUUCUGGGGGAGUCCAUGGGAAACCGGCCAAGAUGUCUAAAACAAGGGAGGGCAUGAAGCAAAGUGUUUUCCAAAGAGCUCAGAGUUCUCUGGAGAGCUUUUCUAGGAGAGUAAAAAGAGAACAGAGCAGCUGCGGAGCGCCGUUAUCAUUCCUACAGUUGAGAGCUGACACUAACAAACAGCCAGAGAGAAGAGGAAAUAUAACUGUGAUCCCCUGGACUGUUUCUGCGCAGCGAGGAAGUACAAUUUCACAGAGGGAAAAUAGGAUCGUUGUCCAAGAAGAUGGUUAUUACUUGGUGUUUGGACAAGUUUUGUUUGAAAGUCAAAGCACGGUUAUGGGUCAUGUCAUUCAAAGCUGGAGCUCCACUGAGGCAGAGACGAGGCCCACAGAGCUCUUGCGCUGCCUGCAGGAUGGAACAGAGGAAGCUUUUGACAAUACGUGCUACUCCGCAGGCACCGUGCACUUGCUUCAGGGUGAUGAACUGGAAAUGCUGAUCCCUUUUCGACCGCCGGCUCUGAUCUCUCUGGAGGCUGACUCGACCUUUUUUGGUGUCGUACAGCUAAACUGAAACAAGUCCACAUAAAUGAACGGCGUUACUGCAGGAAGUGGGGAAACUGCCACAGGGCUGUGUGAAAGGAUGCAGAUAAACAACUAUCAGCAACAGGAAAACAUCUGUUAAAGACAUGCAUACAAAGCUGGACAUUUAAUUUGAACACAUUUAUAAUAUUGGGAAAAUAAAACUGACAUUAAGAAGAAUUUUUUUCUAACCAAAUCAAAUGAAUUGUGGAAGGAUGGCGCUUAUGCAGAAAGAAGGAUUUUUGACCAUUUUUGAUCACCCAAUCCUGAGUCUUCUCUCAGCUCUCCCCACUAGUUACCCACAGAUUAACUGGGAGGAAUGGGGGAUUGUUGAUUUGUGUCCAAUCAACAAUUUCUGUGUUGAUUUUGGCAUAAAUUUGAGAUAGCUUUGCCAUCUUUAUUUCAAGAAACACAUUAGGCUACAACAGAUCCUUCGCACUUAACAGUAGGAAUGUUUUAGAGAGUUUUUGUUUCACCUUCCUCACCUUUGUGCUCGCUGCGUGUUGCGGCACAAUAAAUGUGGCUUAAAGAAACGAGCCUUUGUGAAGUUGUAAUUAUACCCCACAGAAACACAAACCUCCUGGAUAAGUAAAAAAAAAAAACUUCAGCAUAAAAGAAAACCUAAUUUGAAUUCUUUAUCCUUAAAAAUGUAUAUUUUAAAACUUUUUCCCCCUGUGUGGUUGUCUGCUGCUGCUCUUUUUUUUGUCCCACCAGGAUCUUUCAUCACUCUAUUUUAAAGUGUCUCUUUAUACCUCGCCGGUCCCUCCUGCUCCACCAACGCGUUGUCUGUUUAUUUGUUCCUCUCCUCUAUUUUAGGACUGAUUUCCGCUUUCCUCAGACUUUGGCAGGAACAAACAGAUGUAUAAAUUUAUAUCACUUUGUAAAGGCUUUGCUUGGUUGAAAUGAAGCUGCACAAGGCAAUGUAAGUGCUACAAUGUCUUUAAUCAAUUAAAAAUGCCUAAAUAAUUC